AUGAAGAAGAGCAAUAAGAAGGCUACCACAAAGAUGAAAACACAAAGUGACAUGUUUAUGUCAUCCUCCCAGGAUUCAGCAAAUCUUCAAGAUAUGUUGAAUGAAGGAGAGUAUGCCCCUUUUAUAUCUCCUCCCAUGUUAGAAAGCAAUUUUAUUCAGGUCAACAGGAAAGGUGAAUCCAUUUAUCUUCAUAACAGAGCCAACUGGGUGACUGUCGGCAUCUGCUCUACCAGCCACACCAACAAGAUUCCCAACGUGAUGCUGCUAGCCCAUCUAACAUCUGCCGCCAAUAGAGAUACAGAUCCCCUUUUCAGAAGUCUCCUGACAUCAUCAUCCUCUCCAGAGACACUGGUACUCACCAGGUUUCUUCCUCUCCAAUUUGUUACUCUUAGUGUGCAUGAUUUUGAUAAAAUGAUACUGAAAAUAAAGUUAGUGAGUAGAAAAGCCUACUACCUUCAGCUCUGCGCCCCUGCAUGCAUUCAGGACACUUUGUUUUAUCAAUGGGUAGAGCUCAUCUCCUUUCUAAAUCAGGAGAAAGCCAAAGCUUCCAAAAUGUCAGAAAUCUCAAGCCUCUCAGAAAUCACAAACAGCACAGACAACACAUGUUCAACGGAUAUCAUGGAUUUUGUGGAGUUCACAGAGGACCAGUCCCCAUGCGUGCACUUAAGUGCAUGUGAACAUGUCACUGAAAGCGUAGACUUCUCCGAUAUCACCAGGAACACUUAUGUCACUGAUGUUACGGAUAUUCCAGAAAAUGAAGUCACAGAGGUCCCAGAUGUAAAAAUUGUCACGGAAGUUAUAGAGGUCCAGGAUACCUGUGAGAUCAAAGCUGCCUCAACUGUCACAGUGGUAUUUGAAAAUGAUGACAUAAAAGAGUCCACAAAGGAAGAAAAGGAAGUAAAAAACAUUCUGAAGCCUGGAUGUCUACGAGACUCAAAAACUAAGAGUGAAAUCAAAGAACCCUCAAAACAUGUCACCAUCUCAAACUUAACGCUGACUUUUGAAGGUGAAAAAUGUAUUUUCUCCACCUUGAAUCCAGACAAAAGCGAGGUGUGUUCAUACAGUGAAAUGGAUGGAACCCUUGAAACAAAGACAACUUAUCUUAAACACAUGACCAAAAAGAACGAAGUAUCCAGUCCUCGGAGCCCAAAGUGGAUGGCUAGAGCUUGUGAAACUGUCGCAGUUCGCAAUUUAUACUUCGAGAGCGAGUGCGCGCGACCGGCCGCAGGGAGAGUCGCAGAGUUAACCAAUGAGAGGACACUCUUCCAGCGCCGGCUCGGGAUUGGUCAAGUCCCUCCAGCUGCUCCUCCUGGCAUUGGGCGGGGCGCGUCGGAGGAGGACAGGGAUAGGCGCACACGCAGUGCCAGAGCCUCGGGGGCGCGUGCGCGGUCUCGCGGCGGCCGCGGGGGCCGGUCUCGCGCGGUCUCGAGUGCCGCCGGGGAGCUGUCGUUCCCGCGACGUUUCGGGUCGGCUACGGCGGGGACGAUCGGCGACCGCUGUGGCGCGAAGGUAAGGAGAGGUGGACGGUGGGCUGCUGAGCUGUGGCGAGCUUAA